GCACCCUCGACCAAAGCUGACACAACAACAAAGGACCUCUCCUCUUACAAGAAUGAAUCAAUGAAUGAAAAGAAAGCAACAUAAUGAAUGACUGAAGAAGGCAAAAGGAAGAAGAAAUAACUAGGGAUAUUUCCAGAAUUUCAAAAAUACGCUGGGUGCACAAACAGAAUUCUAGGUGCACAAAGCAAAAAGCCUAACAUGGAUUGUGUUUGAACUAAGCCCAGCAUCAAUUUCUAGGUCAGCUUCUGCGUAUUCGAAGUCGGAACGUUUCUUUCUUGUGAUGGAACAUCGUGCGAACUUACAGCUACAGGUACAGGAUGCAUUCAUUACUGUGGGAAGCUAUCAUCACAAAAAUUGUUGCCAAAAGGAUGAAAAGAAGAAAUAAAAAAAGAAACUUGAGAAAGAAAUACUAUGAGGAUUGGUCAAGUAUCCCUUCAUUGCCGUUGAAAGCAGUCAGGAGAAGAUUUAGUGUCAAAUGUAGAAAAAAAAUACACAGAAGAAAAAAAGAAUUGAAAAAGAAAAACUUUGCAGAUUGGUCUAGUCUCCCUCGAGGUAUACUUGAGAUGGUUGCUGAAAGACUGACCUUUAUCGAUUGCUUAUCAAUCAGCAAAGUUUGUACAAGUUGGAAUAGAGUUCUUGGUGAAGAACUUCCUAGGUGGCAAAGGCAUGGAUUUCCUUGGCUCUUGGUGUCAGAUCAGCAGAACAAAGAGAUUAGAACUUGUAUCAGUAUAUUGGAGAAUCGUGUUUGGGAGUUGGAGUUAUCAGAGGCAUAUGGAAAGUAUUGUUGGGGAUCAUUUUGUGAUUGGUUAAUUAUGGUAAAAAAAAUUGACAAUUUCCAUCUUGAAGUUAACUUGUUGAAUCCAUUUUCAGGACGCCAAAUUAGUCUCCCUUUAAUAUGGAACUUUUACCACAAGAUGGUGCAUUCAGGGCUUCCCUCUGAGAAUAACUUUAUUUGCAUGCUUCUACACAGCCAGUACUGUGAGCUGGCUUUUUGGGUCCCAGGAGCAAAUUCAUGGCGUAAACAUAAACUAACGGGUGAGCCAUUUGAGGAUGCUGUAUUUUGUAAUGGAAGCUUUUACCUCCUGGCUGAUGGAUUUAAUAUAUGGCAAAUUGAUGUUCGAAGUAUCUACUCUAGCAUUAGCAAAGGUGAUGAUGAUUUUGGAACACAGUCCAAGAUAGAAACACAGUUUCUUGAAGUACAAAGGCCUGAGAUAUUACAAGAAGGGAUUAUAUUACACAAUCAUCAUGACUAUCAAAUUUUAAGAUAUCUUGUGGAGUCUUGUGGGGAGCUUUUGCUUGUUUGUAGAUAUUUUAGUACCAAACAAGAUGCGGUGCUUGAGACCCUAAAAUUCGAGGUAUAUUCAUUGGACUUUUGUCAAUUAUCUUGGAAGAAGGUUGAGGAUUUGGGGGAUCAAAUGAUAUUUUUGGGGAAAUGUUCCUCAACAUCCUUCUCUGCAAUGGAACUUGGAGCUGGAAUUAGAAACAGCAUUUUUUUCUGCAAUGAUCCAAUUGUUCCUUGGUGGAAUGAAUGGGAUUCUGAUCAUUUAAAAGGUAUAUUAACCCGUUUUGGCGCCAAUAGGACUGACAUAAGCAAUUGGGGCAUUUUCAGGCUUGGCAAUGAGGAUGGCGAGCCGUUUUGCUUCCAUGGUGAUAUAGACCAUUGGACAUACACCUGGUUUACUGCACCUUCAUGGUGGUGUUAUAGAAAUAUUCCUCCAGAAGGAAGCAGUUAAUCUCAGUACCGUAUGUUGCUAACUGGCAAAUAGAUGUGUUAUGCAUGUGUAUAUGUGAACCUAUUUGGUGUUUUAGAAUAUGCUCAUGAAGUGUUGAGAAGCCUUUUUGUGUGAGAAUUAAGAAAAACCGAACACAUGCACAACUACUCUUCAAUCUUCAUCUGUAGACUUAACUUUUUUUAUAUACAUUCUUUUGAUAUGUUUAUCAUCAAGUUUAAAUAUUAACCAAUACUGGCGACUUUUUUGCCACCAUAUACGUUA